CCAAGCCACUGAUGUUUAUAUUUCUUUGCUGGCGGAGAAGUACGAUCGAAUUACAAUAUCGGGAUUGUAUUUUUGGAAUUUUCCUCAUAAAAAAAUCCCCCCCUUAGUGCCGUGCCCAGUUUUGCCGAUUGUUUAUUUUCCCGUGUGUUGUGGUGUUGUUUGUUGUGUCGUUUGGAUUGCUUAUUUCUUCAAGUCGUUGUAAAAUCCCGCGCACAGAUCGUAUCGUUGCCACUGCGCCCAUUCCUUCGUUCUCUCUCUCUCCCUUCCCGUUUUCGUUCCCGAGUGCAAGGGGGGCGCGGGCGUACGUGAUUUUUGUUGUGUGUUUGCCGAGUGGCGAAGUGCCGACCGGUGGGUGACGGGUUCAAGCGGGUGUGCGGCAGUUCCAGCCGGCCGGUCAGUCCAAGCGAAAGGAGGACCAUUUGGAUUUGGAUCGGUGGCAGCGGGCGGCUUCCGGUGCAGAGAUUGUGCGGACUGCGAAUAUGCCUACCGAGGAGGAACAGCAACAGCCCGGAACUGGUGACGCACAGCAACAAGAACAGCUAGAACCUCCAUCAACGGCAGCGAGCAAAGAAAGCCCAGCCACAGUACCAACGCCAACCAGUGACGCGACAGUGGAGAAUGAACAAAAGUCUGAUACCUGCAAGGCGGAUAGGAGAUCGAUGGAGGAAGAACCAUCGUCACAAACGAAAUCUGAACCAUCUUCUACAAAAGACGUAGAAGAGGAUCGGAAAACAGAGCAGGUAGUUCCAGUUGAUAGUACCAGUGCGUCCGAGCAUGUCAAAAAAGAUGAGCCACAGUCGGACGCGACAAAAGGAGAUUCUAGUCCGACACCACAGCAGCAGCAGCAGCAGGAGUUGUCGACAUCUUCGUCGGAUGAAGUGCCUGCGCUGGUGAAAGGUCCUCCAACUCCGGUACCGAGUCGGCAAGACGAAGACGACGACGAGGAGGAAGAGGAUGAUGAGGGUGAUAAUGAGGACCAGGAGGAGCAGCAACAGUCGUCACAACCGCAGCGGCAACAGCAGCGCAGCAGCAAACAGCGAAGCGCUGGCAGCCGGGACGGCUACAACAAUGAGGACGAGUCGCAGAACCAACGGCAGGAUCAGUCGCAAACACCCACCGGAGGCCAAUACUACGAGGACGACGAGGAGGACGACGAGGACGAGGGCGAAGAGCCGUCCGAGCUGCGGCAACUCUUCGAACCGAUCAAUGAUUCGCAGGCGCUGAGCGAGGACGAGGAGGACGGCGACUACAUACCGGACGAGGAGGUGAAGAAGACGAUCAUGGUGGGCAGCGACUUUCAGGCCGUCAUACCGGAAGGGUUGUGCCGGUACGACGAUGCGCUGCCGUACGAGAACGAGGACAAGCUGCUCUGGAACCCGACGAUACUGAACGAGCAGCAGAUCGAGGACUAUCUGGUGAAGACUACGGCCCCGGGUGGUGGUGGUUUGGGAGCGGGCGGUGGUGCCGGUGCGCCCGCCGGGCAGCAGGGCAGCAGGGCUGCUGCAGGUGCUGCAAACGAGGCGCAGCCGAACAGCGUGUACGCGCUACCGCUCGGGAACCAUCUGCGGGACGACGAGCAGUCGCUGUACCUGCUGCAGCAGUGCGGACACAACGUGGACGAAGCGUUACGCCGCAAGCGCAUCAGCAACAAUGCGGUACCGGUACCAGAGCAGCAGAUGAGCAUCUGGUCGGAGGAGGAGUGCCGCAACUUCGAGAAUGGGCUGCGCGUGCACGGGAAAGACUUUCACAUGAUUCAGCAGACGAAGGUACGCACCCGGUCCGUCGGCGAGCUGGUACAGUUCUACUACCUGUGGAAGAAAACGGAACGGCACGAUCUGUUCGCGAGUAAGGCGCGGCUCGAGAAGAAAAAGUACAACCUGCACCCGGGGCUGACCGACCACAUGGAUCGGUUUCUGGAGGAGCAGGAAAACAGUACCGGGUUCGGGGACCGCAGCUCGUCGCCGGGCUUCAACAGUCUGUACAGUAGCGCGUCGGAAGCGAAGCGACAGCGGUUGCUCGACUCGAAAGAGAACAACACUGCCUCCACGAAGCGUUCCGCCUCGAACCUGUGACUCGUGGUAAGGCGGAAGGGAUUGAAGUUGCGGCUGAAGGAGCGCAAAUAAAGGCUGGGGGAAGAGGAGAGUAAAAAAGCAAAAAAUAAAUGAAAAAAGACCGGCACAGGAGACACCGCAACUAUCGACAUUCGCCUUUCGUCGUCACACGCUGACGGGGAUGAUGAUCCUCGCUUCUCAUCGUCAACGUCAAAUCAAUCAUCAUUUGUUUCAUCGGGGUUUUGCCACUGCGCUAUGAUGUCCCCGAGCCAGGGCGGCACUGGGCUACUUGGGCUGUAGUGGUAGUAGUAGUAGUGUUAGUAGCUGCAACAACGGCUAUUGGUGGUGGGGUUUUAAACUGGCCACAGGUUUUGUUUUUUUUUUUUAGCUACAGCAAUACCGAGCAUGGACACGGAACAAAAGCCGAGAUUGUGAGAAAAUUUUUGCGUAGAAGGACAAGGAAUUAUAGCGCAGGAACCUUUUCAUUUGCUUUUAUAAAGUGUAUGUGUGCGUGUGACUUUAGGGUAGAUUAUGGAAUGGGAAGAAGCAUUUGUAUCGUGAGCACACGUGUAUUAAGCUCAGGCGCACACUAACAAACACACUUCUCAGUAGGGAUGUUUUGUACUGUUGAUCUUUCUCCGCCGCCCGUUUUGUAACCUUUAGCUAGUAAGAAGCAGAUUACCUCUGCCGCCUGGUCGGAUGGAUUCUGAUGUAUUGUGUUUUGUAAAAAGAAUAAACUAACAUCGCUAUCGUACACAUAUAUCGAUAUAUAUGUUGAAUGUUAUACACGGAAAGCGUACCAGAUACCUGUUUUAUUUUUUCCGUUUGCUUUAGCUAGUAAGAGACCAAGUGUGCUGAUCGAUCGACCCAGCAAAACAAUAACCUUCAGAAAAACAAUAGGUAUUGAUUGUGAGAGUAUUGAUUUUUAAGGCUUCGGUGUGUGGUGUAUUGCCAGUUAGUGUUUUACAGAGUUUCUCAGGGAUUUUCAUAGUUGUGGGACACUUACUUGACUGUUUCUUAUGUGAAGUGAACCUAAUAUGAUGGAAAUCGGUACUCUAGUCACCCUUUUUGGACAAGCUCCUUGGAAAUUACUAUUGGAUUUGCCCAACAAGGGUGCUAUAGAGUCCAAUUCUCCAUUACAUUAGGUUCGUUUCACGUAAGUAAGAGCCAAUAAAGUGUCCCACAGCUAUGAGAACUCCUGGAAGCCCCUGCAUUAUUGUGUGUAUCGUGCAAAGAGAACGGACACAGCAUAAAAAGCACAGUGGAAGAACCUUUUUUAAUCGGAACUGUUCCGCCUUAUUCCCAUAAAUCGGAUGCCCGUUUACGGUCGAUGUGUACAGUAGCGGGAAGGAUAUUAUUCAUCAUACAGUGAAAACAUUAAUUUAUCUAAUGCCAUCUCAUGAACAGCCCUUUCCUUCUAAUCCUUAUCCGGUUUCUUUUGUAUGAAACGCUGUAAAAAUAUACAUGAACACCCUCUCAAACAGAAUAUACGCGUAAGAAGAAUUAUUGUACGUUUGUAAAAGUAAGAGGCAUUUGCAAGAAGGAUAGAUAUAUUAUACGAUAGAAGUGUAUACAAUUGGUGUGAGGGGUGAGGUCGUGGCAGAGAAAGAGAGUGUGAGAGAGAAAGCUUAUUUCGUGGAAUGGAAUGAGAUGUGGGAAGUAUUUUCGUAUUAUUUUUGUAUAAAAAUUGCUUGGAGGAAGAACAAAUACAAUACAGCAGUUUGAAUUUCCAGAAAAAGAGUAAGAGAGAAAGAGAGAGAGAGACAGAGAUGCUAAGGAGCAGGAUACAAAAUGAUCUUCGGAAACGUCAAUCGCUUUUUGUGUGGAAAUGAAAGGAAAAUCUUACACUUUGGAGGAUAAAAAUCGUAUGUGUUUUAAAAACAUUUAGAUAUGAAACAGAAGAAAUUGAAGUAAAAAAGCUAAAACGUAAAUAUAAUAGUUCAAAAAGCUUAAUUAUCAUACUUUCGGUACUCUUGAAUAAAACUUUGUACUCUUGGCAUAAUCAAAGAAAGCAAAACAGUAUCAAUACAAAAGUAACAAAAAAAAAACAUGCAUUUAAUGGAAAAUAUUAUAGGAAUACGCAGGAGAAAAAUGGAUCGAUGAAAACAAUCGAUUUCAAAUUUGAACGAAACAUUUGUUUCACACAAUAAGCAGAGAGACGUGUGCAGCAAUGGGAUUCGAGGAACAGCAGUCAGAAAGCUGGAUUGUAAGCUGGUGAACAAUGUAAAAGUGCAGUGUUUUGGGGAAGUAAAAACUACUAACUGAAAAUGAAAAA